UUGACAUGCUAGGUGAAAUGGAUGACGGAGCAGGUGUUGGCACCAGUUUUUCUGAGGAGAGUGAAGAUGAAACUCAACUACAGGCUGAAAGCGCGAUCCACCAAGUGAUGAAACGGAAGAAUGACUCAUCAGAACUACAGUCUAAGAAAAAAGCUCGCAUCUCCAAGUCUAAUCCAAAGCUAUACAAACCGCCAAGCGGUAAUGAGUUGAAUCAACUCAAAGAAACAGAAAAUCAUUUUCAUUCAAAUUUGUUUAAGCUACAGAUAACUGAGCUCAUUUCAGAGGUUUGUCUGAAGAGCAAAUGGAAAAAGGCGACUGAAGAAUACUUGGUGCAGUUAAAGGAUGCUCUGACGAAACUGCCCAAUAGUAAAUCACAUGAGAUUACAGAUCAAGCAUGGCUAACAAAACAAGGCAUCCACAUACCAAUCAUCCAGAAACCUUACAACGUAAAAGGAAAAUUUCAAUUUGUAAAACCGGAGAAUAUUGAUGUGGUUGGUGGCUUCCCUAUGGAUCUCUGCUGCAUGCCUGACAUACAUGUGGACUUGGCUGUGGAGAUACCAAAAGAGUGUUUACAAGAAAAGGACUUUCUGAAUCACCGUUACCUUCGCAAGAGGGCGCUUUACUUGGCAUUUAUUGCUUCGAAGCUAUUAGAAAAGAGGUCGCUGGUGAAGAAGUUGAUGUUUACCUAUCACCAUGGCAACCACAUGAAGCCUGUUCUGAUAAUAACACCAGAAGGAAAGGUUGGUCAUCACUGCACAGUGCGACUUCACACAACCAUCCCCGAUGGCUACUACAAAAUGUCACGAUUCAUGCCAUCUAAGAAUAACAUCAGGAGCAGCUGGUACAAACCAUCUAAUGAGGAAGAAGUGUCGGCGGUCGGGAGCUGGGACGACGAGGCGACGCCGCGCUAUAACAACCUCGUGCUGGCAGACGCAACGGCACGCGCGAACAGCGAGCGUCUGCGCGAUGCCGUCGCGACGUUCCCCGGUCUCCGCGACGCCAUACUGCUGCUGAAGGUGUGGCUGCGACAGCGUGACCUUGACCAGGCUCGUGCUGGCUUCACUGGCUUCAUCAUGUCGAUGUUCGGCGUGCAUCUGCUCGCGCAGCGUAAGAUCAACCGCUCGAUGAACAGCUACCAGGUGCUGCGUGUGCUGCUCACAGCUCUCGUGGAUUCUAACUGGACAAAAGAUGGUGCUAGUCUAUGCCCAACAGCAAAUCUAUGCGAGUUCCAUGAUGCGUAUGACGUUGUGUUUUUGGACACAUCGGGAUGCAUAAAUCUCUGUGCAAACGUAGAUGUGGUCACGUACGACAGGGUAAAGCAUGAGGCAAGACUCUCCAUAGACCAUCUCAACGACUGCUCUGUCGAUGGGUUCGAAGCCCUGUUCAUGCGAAAAAUGGCCUUCACCCAGAAAUUUGACCAUAUUUUCAUGUUGACGGAUGUCUCUCGCCUGGUCGUUAAAGCAGACGGGCCCAUAGGCAAGUUGGUGGACCAUUGUGGUGAUCAGGUAUCGACCGUGCUGCCAUCUGUUUGCAACAUUUUGAAACAAGGUCUUGGCAAACGUGUGAACUUGCUGGAUGUGGAACGAAGGCAGCCGGAGCAGUGGGGAGUGGAUGAGGAGCCCCCAUCACCAGCGCACAUUCGCACGCCACUCGUGUUUGGACUGCUGUUGAACCAGGAGUCGUCCUCUAGUCAGGUGCUGCGUGGUCCCGACGCCAACACUGCAGAGGCAGAGGAGUUCCGCCAGUUUUGGGGAGACAAGUCGGAGCUGCGACGUUUCCAAGACGGCAGAAUCUGCGAGGCUGUGGUCUGGCCCGGCAGCACCAUCGCAGAGAAGCGCGUUGUAUGCCGGUGCAUCGUAACACAUCUCCUGCAGAGGCACUUUGGCGUCGAUGCGUCCUUCGUCGUCUACCGGCCUGACUGUCUGGACGCGCUGCUGGCGGUGCCGUGCCGCGGUCGCGCAGUCGCGGCGCCCGUCUACGGCGCGGGCGAGGAGGCGAACGUCGCCAUUGUGCGCAGCCUAGACGCGCUCACCAAGACCCUGCGCUCGCUCACCGACCUUCCGCUCGCGAUCAAGGCCGUGCAGGGAACCGCCGCCGUUUUCCGUUAUACGGAGGUGCUACCACCUAUACCGAGUAGCACAAAGGGAAAUGCUGUUGUAAAAGAUGACUUCUUUGUUCCAAAGUCGUACAAACCAGCACCACCAUGGGUUCCUACACUUAAGGGUAAGUGCUUAGAGAAGGAUGGUUAUGUAUUCCGCCUACAGGUGGCGUACCAUCGAGAGGUGGUUUUGUUAAAGCAGGUCAGAAGUCCUGAUGGUACGUUACGAUUACAAGAGAAUGACGCUUCGGCCACCUUGGAGAAGCAGAUUCAACACCUGCCAACACUCACAACUGCCAUCCACGGGGUUCAGCAGCAGCACAACUCGUACGGGGCGUCGUGUCGUCUCUUCAAGCGAUGGGUUUCGUCACAGCUGCUUUCGGACACUGUCACCGAAGAGGCCCUCGAUCUUCUUGCCGCGUUCGUCUAUUUGCACCCCGCUCCGUACACCGUACCGAGCUCGCCUGUUGUGGGAUUCCUACGCACGCUCAACCUGCUCGCACUGUUCGACUGGAAAAAUCGGCCGAUGAUCAUCAACUUUAAUAACCAGCUGACAGCGGACGACUACUCUGCGAUCCAGGGGGCAUUCACGUCGCAGCGAAGCACGCUCGCCGCCAUGUAUAUUGUGACGGCGUACAGCCCACAGGUGGCGCUGUGGACACGGCAGAUGCCCAGCCCGCAGCUUCUCGCCCGACUCGUGCAGCUAGCGCAGGCUGCAGCGCCAACACUGGAGCAGCAGCUGCUAGAGGGCGCCACAGAGGUGGACUUCAAGCAAAUAUUCCGCCCGCCGCUGGAGAUGUACGACGUCGUUAUUCACCUGGAGGGCAAGUUGCUACCCCGGCGCCACCACGCGGUUGACGUCGCCACGGGAACGCGUCUGCCGUGGCUUAAGCCAUACACGAGACACGUCGACGAAAAGAUGCCUGUCCUCGACUUCGACCCUGCUCAGUGCUACCUAGCCGAGUUGCGGGAGACGUACGAUGCAUUUGCUCUGUUUUUCCAUGACACACAUGGCGGAGACAAAAUUGGUGUACUGUGGAAACCUUAUGCAUUUUGUGCAGCCGAAGCCAAGGUAUCUCACUUCAAUAGCCGAAUUCCUGUGGCUGAGAGUGGUGGCAAGUUGGCCCCUAAUGUCGAGGCCAUUAUAGAGGACUUUGCUACAAUUGGAAAGGGCUUGGUGAAGACAAUUGACUGCAGGACUGAACAGUGGGUGUAGGAACAGAAGGACUGGUCUUACAACGUACGAAUGCUACGUUUAUACUACAUUUAUGUUUUGACCAUCAAGUUGAGCAACUGAGUAUCGUGUGCGAACUGAAAAUUUAAUAAACAGGUUUUCUAUGCCGUUUUAUUUUUUGUCUUGCAACUUGAUUAAAUGUUAAAUCAGAAAUCCAAAAGUCUCUUGUGGCUGUGUCUAUGAGGGUUUCACUUGAUUCUUUGGUUUGAGGAACGAGAUGAUGCGUGCCGUUGUUAAGGUAAAAUGGUAGAUUGUCAUGAAAUUGUUUUGUAGUCUGUAUAAAAGGCAAUACAUUUACAUUAGUAUCUGAAAAUGUGUAAAUAUUAUGUAUAAUAUGCAAAGCAGAAAAGAAAGUAAUGAGAAAUAAGA